AUGAAUAUGGGAGAAAAAAAUUUCAUUGGCUGGCUAGUUAACACAAAACAAUAUCGAUGUUUUGCUGCUAUUGAACGUCAGUAUCUUGAAGACUCCUUUAAUUUUUAUGGAUUACGUCAAAAAAUACCUCGAUUUAAAGAAUGUGUUGCAAUUUUGCGCGGAGCCGAUUUUAAUUAUGAAGAUCAAGACUUAAUGCAUCAGACAAUACGAUUAUAUGGAUUAGUGCAUGCCAGAUACAUUGGCUCAUGUGAUGGAAUGCAUAAUAUGCACGGAAAGUAUUUAGCAGGCCACUUUCAGCGAUGUCCACGAGUUUUAUGCAAUGGAUGCUAUUGCUUACCUUAUGGAUGCUCUGAAGUUGAAGGCGAAGGAACUCUUAAAAUGUAUUGCCCGAAUUGCGGAGAUGUAUACGACCCAGAAUACCCUGAAUGGAAUAAUUUAGAUGGGGCAUACUGGGGUCCAUCAUAUGUUCAUAUUAUUACUCAGCAAUAUGAAGAUAUGGUGCCAGAAGCUCCUCCUAGACAAUAUGUUCCUAGAGUAUUUGGAUUUAGAUUAUCUCAAGAAAGUAAUACACGAGAAACUCAAAAACUACCAUAUACUUUGUAA